AUCUAAACGCGUCUCUCUGUCGUGUUGUUGACCCAGCGAGCCCUCAUCUUUAACAGGAUCUAUCUUUGUCCGCGAUCUAUGUGGGUUGGGGGGGCCGACAAUUUUUCAGGAUUGCAAUGCCCGGGAGAACGAGCAACGGCCUCGCGGCCGAGUCUUCGCGGAAGCGCGGACGACGUGAUGAUGCGGAGAGCAGCGAACAAGACGAGGUCGUUGAGGUCCAGGAGGCCCGCUCAAACCUCAGGACUGAACCGCGAAAGCGAGCACGGCUCUCCGACAUCGAGGACGCAAAGCGCCAACACCGCCCCGUACGAGAGUCGACCCCGUCUGACGACGAUGCCAACGAACAUGAGCAACCUGCUUCGCCGAAAUCGCCCCCCAAGACACAGUAUGAGUUAAUGCGCGACAACAAUUUUGAACAUCUCCGCCACGAGGCCGCCGACGACCAGCGUGCGACACAACGACUUCGCUUCCGCCCGACCCUGCUCGGCGAGAACGCCAUCGCGGACAAUGGGAUUAUCGAGAGUGUCACAUGUGUCAAUUUUAUGUGCCAUGAACGCCUCCACUGCGAGCUAGGACCCCUUCUCAAUUUCAUAGUCGGAGAAAAUGGCAGCGGCAAGAGCGCCAUCCUCACGGCGAUCACCCUGUGCCUGGGUGGCAAGGCUAGCUCGACGAACCGCGGCGGCAGCCUGAAAAGCUUUGUGAAAGAAGGCUGUGACCGUGCCGUACUGACGGUGAAAAUCAAGAACCGGGGCCAGGACGCCUACAAACCGGACGUCUACGGGGAGUCCGUCAUCGUGGAGCGCCACUUCUCCAAAUCCGGCACCAGCGGCUUCAGGGUCAAAACCGCUCUCGGCCAGACGCACUCGGUCAAGAAACAGGAGGUCGACGACCUCGUCGAGUAUUACGCUUUGCAGGUCGAUAACCCCCUCAACAUCCUCUCUCAGGACAAUGCCCGUCAGUUUUUGAAUGCCUCUACCAAGAGUCAGAAGUACAAGUUCUUCAUUGAGGGGGUCCAGCUUCAACAGUUGGAUAACGACUACCGGUUGAUAUCGGAGAGCCUGGAACAGAUGGUGGCCAAGGUUCCUGAGCAGGAGGAGCGCGUGAAGCAUGCGAAGGCCGAGCUGGACAAGGCCCAACGCUUGAUGAGUGAGCUGGAAGGCCAUCGCCAAGUCCGGAACAAACUCCGUAUGCUGCGCUGGCAACUAGCUUGGUCCCAGGUGGUACAGGAGGAGGAAGAGCUGCGCAGGAGGGAAAAGGAUCUUGCCGAAGCGGAGAUUCGCGUUGCUGAAGCGCAGAAGGAAGUGGAAGCGAAGAACCAAGCCCUGGAGCUUGCGGAAGAGAAAGUCGAACGUGCGGAGGAGGUCCUGCGAGCUGUCAAGGAAGACGAAGGCAAUAUCCAGGCUCGGCUAGAGAAUGCCGGCGACGUCUACAAGCAGAUGAAGAGGGAGAUUGAGCAACUCCAUGUGGAGGAGCGGGAGGCUCAUCAGGCGCUGAAGGCUAAGACGGAGGCUGUGAAGGAGGUCGAGCGGAAGAUUGCUGAGGAAGAAAAGCGCCUUGAAGAUGCCAAUGGCGAAGCCCCUAGGAUCAAGCUGCGGGAGCUUGAUGCCGUCAACAACAAGAUCAAGCGGCUCGAGACUCAGAUUCAAGAGAACAAAGACGGCGAACCGGACCUCAUCAGCCGAGUGGAUGACGCCAAGAAGGCCCUGGAUAGGAUCGACGAGGAGAUCCAACGAAAGCGGGGCGAGAUAAGCAAUGUCGAGUCGAGGAUAAAGGGUCUAGAGGAAAAUCGCGGAUCGAUGUACGACGCGUACGAGCCCCAGAUGCCCAACCUUCUCAGGAGAAUUGCCACCGACAAUAGCUUCGAGAACAAGCCCAUCGGCCCACUCGGCACUCACGUGCAGUUGCUCAAGCCUGAAUGGUCCGCCAUUCUGGAAAAGAUGUUCGGUAUCAACUUGAACGCCUUUAUCGUCACCAGCAAGCGCGACGAGAAGAUUCUUCGCGGGAUGAUGAAUCAACUCAACAUCAGGAACAGCCCCGUCCUGAUUUGUAGCCAGCACUCUCUUGACAUCAGCGGGAAAGAGCCGGAUUCUGAAUACGACACUGUCCUCCGGGUGCUCAAGAUCGAUAAUCAAAUGGUCCGGGAUCAACUCAUCAUCAACCACAUGAUCGAGCAGGUGAUAUUGAUCCCUGAGCGUGUGAGAGCCCAGCAGGUCAUGUUUGACGGCGCUCCACCACGGAACGUUAAGGCCUGCUUAGCCUUCCACGACCGAAAGCGUGGCGAAGGCCUGAGGUUGGCGAUGAACAACGGCAGCAUCUCCACCAGCCCCAUCCAGCCAAAUCCGAACUUGAAACCUCGCAUGAAGACAGACUGUGAUUCGCAAAUCGCGCUUCUCAAGGCUUCGCUACAACAGAUCGUGGCAGAGUAUCAGGAGCUUAGUGCUGAGAGACGCCGCCUACUGCAAGAGUUCCAGCGUUGCCAGACCGCGGUGACCCAAUUGAGGAGGGACCGCAAUAGCCUCGAGAAGGACUUGAGGAGUGCAUUGGUGGAAGCCGAGGCCAUAAGGGUGGCUCUGGACGAGUUUGAGGGGGCCGACGGCCGGUUGCAAGGUCUUAAGGACCACCUGGAGGAGCUACAGGCAGAACUGAACCAUCACGGUAUUCAGUAUGGCACGCUCACAGCAAAGAAGCAAGAUCAGAAUGCCGCGGUGGAGGAAGCCUUGAAGAAACUCAAAGCGGAGAAGUUACAGAUGAAGGAUUAUGAGCAGCGGCUCAGCAAGGCCGAGGCGAAACUUAAGCAGGCAAGGGAUUUGCGCCAUCUCUGUCUGAUUGAGAAGAACGACGUUAUUUCCAGGUUAGGCGAGUAUACCGAGCAGAAGCACAAGGCCGAGGCGAGGCGGGCGAGACAGGCAGAAGGUGUCAAGGAAAUGACGAAGCAUGCCGAGGUUGUCCACAAGGAACGAGUCUACAUUCCCGAGGGCGAGACUCACAAGAGCAUCGAGAAGCAGUACAACACUCUGAAAGCCCGGCUGGACAGGAUCGAUGAUAAGCGGGGUAUGACUGACGCCGAGGUCCACAACUAUUUCGCCGCGAAGAAGGCCCUAUACAAUCAAGUGGUGCAGGACCUCCAGUCCAUCACCCGUGUGAACGAUCGACUCAGGCACACCCUGAACUUGCGCCUCGAAAAGUGGCGCAAGUUUCAGCGCUAUAUCUCGUCGCAGUCGCGCGCCAACUUCAUCUACCUGCUCAGCGAGCGCGGCUACCGCGGCAAGCUCUUGCUUGACCACGAGCGCAAGUCUCUGGACUUGCAGGUAGAGCCGGACAAGACGGAAAAGAGGGCUUCCGGGCGGAGCACCAAGACGCUCUCUGGUGGCGAGAAAUCGUUCUCGUCUAUCUGUCUGCUACUGGCCAUCUGGGAGGCCAUGGGCUCGCCAUUGCGCUGUUUGGACGAGUUUGAUGUGUUCAUGGACAACGUCAACCGUGCCAUCAGCACCAAUAUGCUUAUCACUGCGGCGCGCCGUUCGGUCAACCGCCAGUACAUCUUCAUCACGCCUAAUGCCAUUGAGGGCCGCAACACCCUGGACAAGGACGUCAAGAUUAUUCGUCUUACCGAUCCCCGGCAGCGAACACUAGCCGACCACUGAGUCUUUGCAUUCUUGCCCUUUCGCUGUCUUUUUGUCAUGGCCAGCCUGUUCGAGCACAAUGUACCUGCGGUUUUACAGCAACUUGUAAUGAGAUGAGGAUACCGGUCCCUGGAAAUUACGCACUAACUAAGGGCUUGGAAGAGCGAACCAAGCAAGGAGUUAUUUUGGUAGGAUGGGUCGGAACUUGCACGGCUGUGAUAGACAUGGUGGGAGGACCUUUUGUGAACAAUGCUAGCAGACUUGGCCUGCGGGAAGGAGUG